CAAUAAAGUACCUACUAAUUUAUUGAAUUAAUGAAUAUGACUAAGCAAAGAUGCUAGAACAAAUGUGUUCAUUGGUCGUGAAAAGAUAAUAUUAAAUUAUGCUAUCGUCUAUUAUAUGUAGAAAAAGAAAAUUUUAUUGUAAUAUUGUACGUCAUAUUUUUAUUUCUUUGGAUGAAUUUUUAUUUAUUAUGAUAUUCAAUUAAGAAAUUCAUAAGUAGCAUUAUUGUAUAUUUUAGACUAAAAUUAUUUAGAAUUUAUAUCAUCAUAGAGAUGAGGAUUAUGCAUUUAUAGAAAAAUAUUAAAAUGCUACAUUUAGAUUCUUGACUUAGAAUUUAAAAAAGGAAUCUGUAAAAAAGAAAAAAAAAACAACAUUUAAAGUAUGGCAACACCACCAGAUUCACCGGGCCCAGAGGAGGCUCUUUUUGAGUUUGAAAGUUCACGAGCUAGACAUCAAGCCUCUCGACCAGUGGCUAUCGAAGAGCUUCUCAGGCAAACAAAGUUUUCGAGGCAGGAGAUAUGUGUGAUGUAUCGUGGCUUCAAACAGGAAUGCCCUGAGGGCGUUGUUCAAGAAGAGUCAUUCAAAGACAUUUAUGCCAAGUUCUUUCCACACGGAAAUUCUGCCCUUUAUGCCCACUACGUGUUCAAAGCUUUCGACGUUAACUGUAACGGGGCCAUCAGCUUUAGGGACCUCCUUGUAACUCUUUCAACGUUACUACGAGGUAGCAUUUACGAAAAACUGAGGUGGACAUUUAAACUCUAUGAUAUAAACGGUGAUGGAUGUAUAACUAGGGGUGAACUGGGAGAAGUUGUGACGGCUGUGCAUGAACUUAUGGGUCGAAAACAUCCUGCAGAAGAAGAACGAAAAGCAAAAGAACAAUUAGAUAGAGUAUUUGAAAAACUCGAUCUAAAUCAUGAUGGUGUAAUUACGAUAGAAGAGUUUAUCGAAAGCUGCCUUAGAGACGAAGUGAUCACACGGUCUCUUGCAAUGUUUGACUGUGAACUCUGAUCUCCGGCUAACUUAAAUCUUUUAAGAUCAACUGAUCAACAACCAUUAUCAUCGUUUUCAUUAUUAUCAUCAUCAUCACCCGACGUGUUCACUUUUAAAUUUAAAAUUGGCACCAUUCCGUUACUCUCAUCUAAUAAAAACAGUUGCCGAUUCAAUCCAUGUAUAUUCAUGUUCACUUUGAAUACUACCAAGUUAUAUAUUUCUGUUUUGAAGAUCAAAAGUCUUAAUUGAUUAUAAUUGUCAAUUAUUAAUAACACCCCGCGUCGAAUAAUUAUUUUUUUGUUAUUUUUUAGUUAAAAUAUAGUAAAUAUUUACUCUAAAGUACAUAGGAAAUUUAAAAAUCAAAUAAUAUGAAUAGAAUAAUUUAAAAAAUAUAAUUCAGGGAGAGCGGUGCAAGGUCACCCUCCAUACUAGGGCGAGACGGAACUACCCGCCAUAAGUAAAAAAUUUUUUUGUUACCGUUAAUUAUUAAUCGUUAUAAAAACGAUUUAAGAAAGAAUAAAAGUUUAUUAGUAUGAGAGUAAUAUGAAGUAAGUAUGUAAUAGUUACUAAAAAGAAAAAAAUAUUUUAAAAUUAUUAUAAAUCAUGAUAAAUUCUUUGAUUUUUUUUUUACGAAAAAAAGAAUUUAUCGUGAAAAUUAUUGUAUAGUUAUGUAUGAACCACUCUGCUGUGACAAGUAUUGCCCGUGUAAAUAAAAUUAUUCGUAGUGAAUUUAUGAGACAUUCUGCAAAGUUGUAAGUGAACACGCGAUGUUUUAUUAAUAUAUGUGUGACAUACGAGCUACAAGUUACAUAACAAAUUUUACUUACAUUUUAUAUAAUUAGUUGAUAUAAACAUCCAAUGUCAUAUUUUACAUUUUAGUUAAAAUCUAAAAUUACUGUUACAAAUAAUAUUUUACAAUUA